UACCACGUUUUGUGACUUCACCAUUCACCUUUCAUUGAAUUAGCUAAUGCCUUUACAUUUUUAGCAACAAUCCACUCUCUCUUCUCUCCUUUCAUUUAUUGUUGUUGUUCAAAAGUUUAUCAGAGCAAGAGAAAGAAAACAAAGACACCAUAUUUGAGAUUCAAGAUAGAUUCAAUCAUGGCUCGAGGAAAGAUCCAGAUCAAGAGGAUUGAGAACUCUACCAACAGACAGGUCACUUUCUCUAAGAGACGUAACGGCAUUUUCAAGAAAGCUAAUGAGCUUACAGUUCUCUGUGAUGCUAAGGUUUCUAUUAUCAUGCUUUCUAGCUCUGGCAAGCUCCAUGAAUACAUUAGCCCUUCCACUACAACAAAGGAGUUUUUUGAUGAGUACCAGAGGAUGCUAGCGGUUGAUCUUUGGGCUCCUCAAUAUCAGAAAAUGCAAGAGAAACUGAAGAGUCUGAAAGAAGUGAACAGGAAUUUGCAGAGGGAAAUCAGGCAAAGGUUCGGUGAAAGUUUAAACGAUCUAAGCUUUGAGGAACUGCCUCUUCUGGAGGAAGAUAUCGAUAAUGCUUUGAGUAUUAUUCGGGAACGAAAGUUUAAGGUGCUCUCAAAUCGGAUUGAAACUUCAAAGAAAAAGCUAAGGAAUGUGGCAGAAAUAAAUAGAAAUCUCCGGAAUGAAUUUGAAGGACGAUUGGAAGAUCCAGAAUAUGGGUUAGUGGAUAACGAAGAGCAUUAUGAAAAUGUUAUUCCUGGCUUCUUUGCUUUACGCUUGCAACAAAACCAGCCAAAUGCUUACGGUGGAUCAGGCUCAGAUCUCACCACCUACCCCUUGCUUGACUAGUACUAUCGCAGCUUCCAUUUCCAGUUUCUAUAAUAUAUAUUGCUAAGAUUGAGAACUUAAUGUAGUAUUUGAAGAUGCUCGUAUUUUGAAUUAUGUAUUAGCUUUUGUCUUCGUUUCACUGCUUGUAUGUUGGAUGAUGAUGGAUAUUAAA